AUGACUGGAGAUUUCCUCAUCUACACCACCCACCUGAACCACACCCCAGAGUAUCAUGGAUCUGUCAUUGUGAGAACGAAUGGUGCUGUCGUUCCCAUUGAGUGUCGUUUCCCCUGCCUUUCCAGGAAGGGCAAUGUGAGCAGUGACCCCAUCAAGCCCACCUGGAUCCCAUUCAGCUCCACCAAGUCUGGAGAAGGGCAUCUGUCAUUCUCUCUGCACCUAAUGAAUGGUGACUGGCUUACAGAGCGCACUACGACUGUCUACUACCUGGGUGAGCUCAUUCACAUUGAGGCCUCUGUUUCAAUGACCAACCACAUGCCCCUGAAGCUCUACAUUGACCACUGUGUAGCUACAUUGAACGUAGGCAAGGACUCCACCCUGAGAUACAGCAUCAUUGACCACAAUGUUUGCCUCCUGGACAGCAAAGCUGAGGACUCCUUUUCAACCUUUGUGUUGCCAAUAGACGAGCGGGAGCUGGACAUGCUCCGGUUUGACCUGGAUGUGUUCCGUUUCCUUGGAGAUGACCGUUCCUUGAUUUUCAUCACCUGUCACCUGAAAGUUGCUCCAGUGGAUCAGAGGGAUUCCAGGAACAAAGCUUGUACUUUCCAGAAGAGUGAAGCUUCAUUGAAUUGGGAGGGUGAGGCCUCACUUGGACCCCUGCUCAUUCUGGAUACUGAUGUGACCAAGCUGGCAACAGAGUCUCUGAAUGAGGCUGAGCGAAGGAUGCAGGAGACGUCUCCAGGUGGUGUGGAGUCUGAGGUGGUCCUGAUUGUGGCCCUGACUGUGACAGCUGUCUCAGUGAUCUCUGCUUCAUUGCUGACCUUGUUCCUGUACAGGAAACACAAGCAAACUCAGGUUAACCAUUGA